CUCGCAGUCUUUUAAGAAGUACAUAGCACAUAGGUGCUUUAAAUUCUUGUCCUUUCCUCGUCCCAUUUACACCCCAAUCUGCAUUCCCUGUCAUGCGUCGCUUCUUCGGCCGCUUCGCCAGUCGCCCGCGCGUUGUCGCCGGCAACCAGACUCCGCGGCGCACGGUGCCCGAGAGCAUCCCGCGUCCCCCGUACGCUGUAAGCGGCGGUAUGUCGGACCUCAAGCCCUUCAUCCCCAUCCUGGACGCAGAGCAGCAGCAACGGCUGCGCGCAGCCUGUGCGUUGGCUGGAGACAUCCGCGAGUUCGCCAAGCCGCUGUGCCAACCCGGAGCCACGACGGAGGAUAUCGACCGCCUCGUGCAUGAGGAGAUUGUUCGACGCGGCGCCUACCCGUCGCCUCUGAACUACGGAGGCUUCCCCAAGGCGCUAUGCUCGUCUGUGAAUGAGAUCGUAGUGCACGGUAUUCCCGAUACUAGGCCGCUGGAGGACGGAGACAUUGUCAAUAUCGACGUCUCCGUCUUCCUGGGCGGAUUCCACGGCGAUACGUCUCAAACGUUCCUGGUGGGGUGUGUGGACGAGGCCGGGAAGCACCUGGUGGAGGUCACUAACCAGGCGCUUAUGGGCUCCAUCGAGCACUGCUGCAAGCCACUCAAUCGCUUUGCUAGUAUAGGAGACUUCGUGCAGAAGCUAGUGGAAAAGGAGGGACUGGGUGUAGUGCGGGAAUACACUGGUCACGGUAUUGGCAAGGAGUUCCACUGCUUGCCCUUCAUCCUGCAUCAUCGCAACGGCGAGCCGGGCAAGAUGCUGCCGGGUAUGGCGUUCACAGUGGAGCCGGCGCUCACGGAGGGAAGUCCCGAGAUUGAGCACUGGGACGACGGCUGGACUGUGGCUACGGCAGACGGCGGACGAUCGGCGCAGGCGGAACACACCGUGCUUAUCACCGAGGACGGCGUCGAUAUUCUGACAUAGAAACAAGCCGUUGCUGUUUUGGAUGGAAAAUUUAACUACGUGAAGCAGAUAAAGCUGUGGAGAUCUCCAUUUAUAUACGGCAACUAAUCUAUAGCAGCAUCCUACCGCGAUUGUAGACCAUGUGCUGUCUAGCUGCUUUGUGGACUCGUUCAUCAGGACACAAAGUUAUCUCCGUUAUACUGCAUCGCAAAGACAACGCUUUAUAAUCCGAGAAACAGGGCCAUAAUUGCAAUAAGAGAGCAUUAUAGAUGCUCAAGUGCAGCAUAGCUAAGGUAAGGGAUGGUUAGUAAGGGCGACAGUGCUAUUGCACAGAAACCAGAGAUGAAAGU